UUACCUCUUUUAAUUCCCAUGAUGAUGAUGAAACACCAAGACAUGUUUGGUUGUAACACCAACAACAACAACACUGAAAUUAAUCACAUUCUUUCAAAUCCUCUAAACCCUAGCACCUCCUCAAUGGAUGAUCAUCAACAACAACAACAUCGAGAGAAUCAAAUCCUCAUCAACUCAUAUGAUGAUCAUGAUCUUCAUUAUUUCCCACAUCCUUUUCUCGAUGACGACGACCUAUUUUUAAGCCACUUUUUAUCACAACAACAACAAUUCUUCGAACAACGAGAUCAGCAACUUGAUGAAACGACGAAAAAGAUGAAGAAGAAGAAGAAAUUAUGUGGAAGUAGUAGUAGUAGAAUAAAUGGGAGCAACUCUACAAAGAGAAGAGGGAAGAAGGAUAGACAUAGUAAGAUCUACACAGCACAAGGCCCAAGAGACCGUAGAAUGAGGCUGUCCCUUCAAAUUGCAAGGAAAUUCUUUGAUCUUCAAGACAUGCUAGGCUUUGACAAAGCUAGUAAAACUAUAGAGUGGCUUCUUCUUAACUCAAAUUCAGCCAUUAAAGAUCUCAAACAAGCCUACUUCUUUAAGUACUCAAAUUCUGGCCAAUCAAGUGAGGUUGUGUCAGAGAUUAAUGAUAACAAUGGUGUUGUUAAUGUUGCUGCUUCUAAUCAUCUAGAUCAACAACAAGAUCAAGAAGAUGUUGCGUUUACGGGCGGUUUUAAAGACAAGAUCAAAAGCAGGACGUUACGAACCGGUUCGAGAGAGGCGAGGGAUAGGGCAAGAGCUAGGGCAAGACAAAGAACACUCUUGAAAAAUACUUUACUACCAAACCCUCCUAUUACUUCUUCCAUUUCUCAACAUUUUGAUCAUCUCUCAGUACUUAAAUUGCCCUAA